UUCAAAAUGGCGGUAGUUUUGAGCGAGUUUGCCGUAUGAAAUUUCUCAACCUCGACAAUAUGCGUUUUCGAGCGAAGAUUAUAGAUAUAAACUGCAUUCAACAUUUUACACGGGUCUUAGGAACCAUAUCCCGAAUGGCUAAGACUUGUGCUCUGCGAAUGACACCAACAAAACUUUAUUUUAUUCUGGCUGACAAUGCCACUGUUGGGGGAGUGUCAAUUUGGUGUGAAUUAACACAGAGCAACUUCUUUGAUGAGUAUCGUAUUGAAGGAAAAGAUGAAACCAACAAUAUUUACCUUGAGCUGGUGCCAGAGAAUUUGGCACGAGCCAUGAAAUCAGCAGGCAGUGCACAAGCUGUGAAAAUAAAACUGACAAAAAAACACACUCCAUGUUUAACAUUUGAAGUUACCCUGCCAUCCCUUACCAGUCACACAAGAAGUGUGGUACACGACGUACCUGUAGGAGUGAUUCCUCAGAGGAACUGGGACGAUUAUGAGGAGCCUGCUAUGCCAGACUUUGAUGUGAGUGUUAAUUAUUUCUUACUUUCAUCACCUGUCGUAAAAGUUUUUCCUUUACUUAUUUUCUUUCACUUUUUAAUUCUUCGUCUUCACUUUCACGCAAUAAAAAAAUAA